UGUAACAGAUUUCGUCUUUUUUUUUUUUUCUUAGCUUUUCUAUUUCUGUCCAACCCCGUAGGCACAGGCUGUCUUAUGAGAUACUCGAUGACUCAUAGUGAACAAUAAGAAAUUAGAGUAAGUUGCAUGUCCAUGUAAUUCAGUAUAUUAUUCUGUAGCAAUGGAGGGUUCAGCUAAAUUUAUGAUAACAUUAUUAUAAGGAAUGUUUUACAGAGAUGAUAGUAAUAGCAAGACGAGAUCAGUCUCACUUCUUGAAGACACUGGUUUUGACAUGUCUUCGAGAAUUUCUGUUAAUCUGGUUGUUUGAAAGAACACAUUAUAGUUCAUUCCAUGUCUGGUGACUUAUUUUUAAUCUAUAAAAGGAUGUGGACUAACUGUUGUUGGGCCUGCACCUUACGUAUAUUUGGGGACUUCUUUAAAUUUUCAAAUUACAGACUUUUACAUAGAAUUCUUGUCAACUACAGUCCUAAAGUUAAGUUGCCUUGAAUUCAGCAAUGAAUCUGUGCCCAUUGCAAAGAACACAGUGGAUUUAAUGUGUCAUAAGUAAGGCAGCUACAAAAUGCCUCAAAUUUCUCAACAAAAUGAAAAAGUUAUAUAAAAAGUGCCACUGAUUGUCACCUGCUUAUAAUUCCCUGUUUGAGGUAAGUGUGGUGCAAUUUCUAUUUGGGAAAAUAUUAGGGAAAAAAAAGCAGGCAUUCCAAAACUCUCAAGUCCUCUACAACAUUGCUAAGUUGGCUCUUAAGGGAGAACAGAUGUCACGUCACUGAUGGGGCCAAGAUUCGGAACAGGAAAAGUCUAAAUAAUGCCAUCUCACCAUACCCAAGGACAGAAGUAAAAGUAAAAUGCUUUCAUUUCAUGACAAGAGCCAUGGUCUUAAGGAUAAAAAUAAGCUAGGGUUACUAUUUUUCAGAGAGAAUACUCAGUGAGGGGGUGGCAAAACACUUUUGAAGUUAGAUCAGAUUUUCUAAGAAACAAGUCAUCAUAUUACAAGGAGCUUUAAGGUCCUUAAAAUGGCUGAACACAACCAGUAAACGACGAGUGAAGUUUUUUUUGGGGUGUGGGGGGGCUGCUAAAAAAAGAUGAGUCAAAUUUACCUCAGCAGUGGCUGGCUUGAAGUGCCGUGGGGAGAUGGUGACUUAGGAUCCUGGGCAGAUCGAUCACCACUGCAUGAAGCUGCAAGUCAAGGUCGUCUUCUUGCUCUGAGGACAUUAUUAUCACAAGGUUAUAACGUAAAUGCAGUAACUAUAGACCAUGUCACUCCACUCCAUGAAGCCUGCCUGGGUGACCAUGUGGCAUGUGCAAGGACUCUCCUGGAAGCUGGAGCUAAUGCAAACGCAAUCACAAUAGAUGGCGUGACUCCCUUGUUCAACGCAUGCUCACAAGGCAGUGCAAGCUGUGCAGAGCUCCUUUUGGAGUAUGGUGCCAAAGCCCAACUGGAGUCCUGUUUUCCAUCUCCAACACAUGAGGCUGCCAGCAAAGGUCACCAUGAAUGUCUCAACGUUUUGAUAGCCUGGGGCGUAGACAUUGACCAAGACAUUCCUCACUUGGGGACUCCUCUUUAUGUAGCUUGUAUGUCACAACAGUUUCAUUGCAUCUGGAAGCUUCUUUAUGCUGGUGCUGAUGUACACAAGGGCAAGUACUGGGACACUCCCUUGCAUGCUGCUGCUCAACAGCCCAGUACCGAAAUUGUGAACUUAUUGAUAGAAUUUGGAGCGGACAUCAAUGCCAAGAACACAGAACUUUUGCGGCCUGUCGACCUGGUGACAUCUAACAGUGCUGUAGAAAGAAUACUUCUUCAACAUGAAGCUACUCCAAGCUCUCUUUGCCAACUCUGCCGACUCUGCAUCCGCAACUACAUAGGAAGACAAAGGUUGCAUCUUAUCCCCCAGAUGCAGUUACCAACAUUGCUUCAGAAUUUCUUACAGUAUCGAUAACACAGAAAAUGGUUUCACUUUCUUGAGGAUUCAAAAUUUUCUAUUUCAUUUUCUUUUUAAAAUAUAGAAUGAUAAGGGUGAUGGUAUGUAUAAGUUCACCCAGGACAGCCAUAAAAUCUCAGUGGAUUUUCAUCUGAAGAAUAUUCAUGGGUAGUGUUUAUCAAUUUUUAUGGUCUUUGGAUUAUGUUUAAAAUAUCUAUACCAUCUUAGCAUUCUUGGUGUAUCUUCUUGAUUUAAAGGAAAGAUUAAAAUUUAUCCAUUUUAUGUUUUUUUAUUAUAGUGUGGGAAACAAAAUUGCAUAGUUUUGCUAAACAUUUAGUCGAAUUAUAAAUUUCAUCCUGUGUUACUUUUUGAAUGAUCUGUAGUCUCAAGUAAUGGGUUAACUGUAAUUUUAGCUAGUUAUUGAUUACCUCUGUGUUUUUAAUAUUGACAUAAAAUUAGAGCAACUAAUAUGCUUUUUGAAAUAAAGAUGACUCAUGUA